AUGAUCAGCCGAGGGCGAAUCUAUAUUUACACGGCGGGGAAACUUCGUGAGACUCGAAACACUGAAGUUAGCAACCAAAUGAUUAGCCAAGGGCGAAUCUAUAUUUGCACGGCGGUGAUACUGCUUGAGACUCGAAACACUCAAUUUAGCAACCAAAUGAUCAGCCGAGGGCGAAUCUAUAUUUACACGACAGAGAUACUUCGUGAGACUCGGAACACUCAAGUUAUCAACCAAAUGAUCAGCCGAGGGCGAAUCAAUAUUUACACGGCGGUGAAAUUGCGUGAGACUCGAAACACUCAAUUUAGCAACCAAAUGAUCAGCCGAGGGCGAAUCAAUAUUUACACGGCGGUGAAACUCCGUGAAGCUCGAAACACUCAAGUUAGCAACCAAAUGAUUAGCCAAAGGCGAAUCUAUAUUUACACGGCGGUGAAACUGCUGUCGGGUGAAAAUCCUGCUGUCAUUACGCAGAUGUGUCUUGAAUCCUCCCGCCUCCUUUCGUCAUCCCUGGACUCAUUUGGCCGCGAAAGAGCAUUCCAUUCCUUUUCUUUAUCUCCCUCUCUUUCUGUCUCUCUUCUUUAUUUCUUGUUUUCUUUUCUCUUUCUUUUUUCUUUCUUUUCGACUAUUUGUCUUUCUUUCUUUGUCUUCCUUCUAUUAUUUCUAUCUUUCUUUCUUUUAUUGCGAAUUUUUUUCUUUUUUUUACCUUUCUUUCUUUCCUUUCAUUGUCUUCCUUCAUUUCAUUUUUCUUUCUUUCUUUCUUUCAUUUUGCUUUCUUUUUCUUGCUUGCUUUCAUUUUCCCUGUUUCUUUCUUUCUUUCUUUCUUUCUUUUUUUCUUUGUCUUCCUUCAUUUCUAUCUUUCUUUUUUCAUUAUUGCGUCAUAUUUUUCUUUUUCCUACCUUUCUUUCUUUUUUCUUUCUUUCUCUCCCUUUCUCUCUCUCUCUUUAUUACACUCAGCUCUUCUUGCCGACAUUUUUCUUUUCUACCUCCCUUGUACGUAUCUUUACAUUACUAAACUCCGUCUUUCACUUCUUUUCCUUCUCUUCCUUCUCGUCUUUUUUACUUCCUCCUGCUACUCAUUUUUCUACUAGUUUUGUCUUUUCUCCUUUUCUACAGUCCGACCUCACUUUCCCGUUUAAUGAAUACCAGGCAGCCAUUUUCAAUUCUCUUCCAGCCGUAUGCGCAUGUGCAUCUGUCGAGCAAUGCUAA